AUGGAGAUUGCAAGGGAUUAUUUCCAGCAGGAAAAACAGCUGCAGCUGAGGGGGCAGCGAUGCCAAAGCCCAGGCGUCCGGAGUCAGAACUCUGAGAUUUGUGAAGAGUUAAGUGAGUUGCACAUGGAUAAGCAGCUGAAGGCUGAACCACCACCUCCAGUAGGGCAAAAAGAGCUUGAUGAAAUCAGUCUUUCUGAAGGCAGCACAGUGGAUUUGACAAAUCCUGCAGAACUGCUGGAGCAGAUCCCUGAGUUUGCUGAGGAGCUGAUGGAGCCUGAAGAUUGCUUCCCCGAAGUUUGUGUGCGAUUCUUCCCAUGCUGUUCAGUGGACGUCACAAAAUUUCCAGGCAAAAUUUGGUGGAGGCUGCGGAAAACCUGCUACAGAAUCGUCGAACACAACUGGUUUGAAACUUUCAUCAUAUUCAUGAUCCUGCUGAGCAGUGGAGCCCUGGCUUUUGAAGAUAUUUAUCUUGAAGAUAGAAAAAACAUAAAAACCAUGCUGGAAUAUGCUGACAAAAUAUUCACUUACAUCUUUGUCUUGGAAAUGCUCCUGAAAUGGGUGGCUUAUGGCUUCAAGAAGUAUUUCACCAAUGCCUGGUGCUGGCUGGACUUCCUUAUUGUAGACGUCUCUCUAAUAAGCCUCAUCGCCAGUACGCUUGGAUACUCUGAGAUGGGUCCCAUUAAAUCCCUCAGGACCCUCCGAGCCCUGCGACCAUUAAGAGCAUUGUCACGAUUUGAAGGGAUGAGGGUGGUGGUCAAUGCCCUCGUGGGAGCCAUCCCUUCCAUCAUGAACGUUCUGCUCGUCUGCCUCAUCUUCUGGCUUAUCUUCAGCAUCAUGGGAGUGAACCUGUUUGCUGGGAAAUUUGGGAAGUGCAUUAAUAAGACAGAAGGAGAUAUGCCUUUAGACUCUAAAAUUAUUAACAACAUGAGUGACUGUAUACUCUAUAAUGUGUCAGGCACGUUUUACUGGACAAAAGUUAAAGUUAACUUCGAUAACGUUGGUGCUGGGUACCUGGCUCUGCUACAAGUGGCCACAUUUAAAGGUUGGAUGGAUAUUAUGUAUGCAGCAGUGGAUUCACGAGAGUGUGAGGAGCAGCCUGAAUGGGAAUGUAAUUUAUACAUGUACCUGUACUUUGUGAUUUUCAUCAUCUUCGGGUCUUUCUUCACAUUGAACCUCUUCAUUGGUGUCAUCAUUGACAAUUUUAACCAACAAAAGAAAAAGAUAAGUGGCCAGGAUAUCUUUAUGACAGAAGAACAGAAAAAGUAUUAUAAUGCAAUGAAAAAGUUGGGAUCUAAGAAACCUCAAAAGCCAAUCCCAAGGCCACUGAACAAAUACCAAGGUUUUAUUUUUGAUGUUGUCUCAAAACAAGCCUUUGAUGUCUCCAUCAUGAUUCUCAUCUGCCUUAACAUGGUUACCAUGAUGGUGGAAACGGAUGACCAAAGUCAAGAAAAAGUGAACAUCCUCCAUAAAAUCAACAUGCUUUUUGUUGCCAUCUUCACUGGGGAGUGCAUCAUCAAAAUGCUGGCUCUGCGACACUACUACUUCACCAACGGCUGGAACAUAUUUGACUUUGUCGUCGUGAUUCUGUCUAUCGUAGGCACCGUACUUUCUGACAUCAUCCAGAAAUAUUUCUUCUCUCCCACACUCUUCAGAGUCAUUCGCUUGGCUCGGAUUGGCCGGAUCCUAAGACUCAUCCGGGGAGCCAAAGGAAUUCGAACUCUCCUGUUUGCCUUAAUGAUGUCCCUACCUGCUCUGUUCAACAUUGGCCUCUUGCUUUUUCUGGUCAUGUUCAUUUACGCCAUUUUUGGCAUGGCUAACUUUGCCUAUGUUAAGAAGGAGUAUGGGAUUGAUGACAUGUUCAACUUCCAAACUUUUGCUAACAGCAUGCUCUGUCUCUUCCAAAUCACAACGUCAGCUGGCUGGGAUGGUCUUCUCAACCCUAUUUUAAAUACUGGGCCGCCGUAUUGCGACCCAAACCUUCUGAAUGCAAAUGGUUCAAAGGGAGACUGUGGAAGCCCUGCCGUAGGGAUUUUAUUCUUUGUUACUUAUAUCAUUAUAUCAUUUCUCAUUGUUGUAAACAUGUAUAUAGCUAUUAUUUUAGAGAACUUCAGUGUAGCCACUGAGGAAAGUACAGAGCCUCUAAGCGAGGAUGAUUUUGAUAUGUUCUAUGAAAUCUGGGAGAAGUUUGACCCUGAAGCCACUCAGUUUAUUGAGUAUUCUGCACUUUCAGACUUUGCAGACGCGCUGUCAGAACCUUUGCGCAUAGCGAAACCAAACAAAAUCAAACUCAUAGCAAUGGACCUGCCCAUGGUCAGUGGAGAUAGGAUCCAUUGCUUGGAUAUUUUGUUUGCUUUUACAAAAAGGGUGCUAGGAGAAUCUGGAGAGAUGGAUGCCCUUAAAAUACAGAUGGAAGAAAAGUUCAUGGCGGCGAAUCCGUCUAAGAUCUCUUAUGAACCGAUUACAACAACUCUCAGACGGAAACAAGAAGAGGUCUCCGCCAUCAUCAUCCAGCGGGCCUACAGGAGACAUUUGUUUCGGCGCUCCAUGAAGCAGGCAUCUUACUUGUACCGGCACAGAACUUUUGAUGGUAGCAUCCUCGAGGACGAUGCACCCGAGAAGGAGGGUCUUAUUGCGUUCAUGAUGAACGAAAACUACGGCAGGCCAAUAGACAAAUCAGAAACUCUGUCCUCCACAUCUUUCCCUCCAUCCUACGACAGCGUCACCAGAGGUACGAGUGAUAAUCUCCAGCUGAAGAUAACGGACUCGAGCAAAAGUGAUGAGGCUAUAGAUUGUCUUCUCUCACCAGACAAGGAUAAAGAAUCAAUUGUUUAAAUGUUUGUUUAGAAUGCUUUAAAAUAUUGUUUACAGAAUGUAACGCUGUAACUACACAAUGAUUGAAGCAGCCUUCUUAUUAAAAAUUAGUUGCAAAAGAAACAAUGGAGUUUUUACCCUUAACUACAGGAGUCUAAUAAGUCAUAUAACCUUUGACCCUGCUCUUUUUGACUUGGCUCAAUAUUUAUAUUUAUAUAUGCACAGGAAGAAUCUUUGCAGGGUCAUAGCUGUUAUAUCAAUGGUGUGAAUAAGAAUAUGCUAGACUGUAAAACAGUAAACACAGUGUAUAUCUAUCCACAGAUAAAGCCUGGCUGUAUACAUUCAUUUAAGGUCUUACUCAUAUUAGUGUGUUUACUUAUGGCGAUGUAUGAC